AGUCUAAAAGGAUGAGUUUUGAGGAACUCCAAGCCCACUUCCAGACUCACUCUCGUAUCCGAGACACUCAAGCCCAUUCUGAGAAGGUGCACUCCGUUGAUUGGAGCUGCGAUGGCCGGAAGCUCGCCUCAGGAUCCUACGACAAGACUGUCUGCAUCCUCAGCAUGGAUCGCGACCGGCUGUCCAAAGACUUCACGUGUCGAGGUCACCAGGGGACAGUGGACACGCUAUGUUGGCAUCAGACCUAUCCAGAACUGUUGGCAACAGCAAGUGGGGACAAGACAGUGAGGGUGUGGGAUGCUCGGUCCCAGAAGUGCCAGGCCUGUGUGAGCACGAAAGGGGAAAAUAUCAACAUAUCUUGGUCACCUGAUGGCAUGACCAUUGCUGUUGGAAACAAGGAGGACCUGGUCUCUUUCAUAGAUGUUCGCAAGUUCCAAAUCAUUCGAGAUGAACAGUUCAAGUUUGAAGUGAAUGAGAUCUCAUGGAGCAAUGACAACAAGCAGUUUUUCUUGACCAGUGGCCAGGGCCAGAUCCACAUCCUCUCCUACCCUUCCAUGGAACCCAUUCGAGUGCUUGAUGCUCAUCCGGCUCACUGCAUCUGCAUCAAGUUUUCUCCCACAGGUGACCUGUUUGCUGUUGGCUCUGCCGAUGCCCUGGUAUCCAUCUGGGACACCCAGGAUUUGGUGUGCUUGCGAACUCUCUCUCGCCUAGACUGGCCUGUACGUACCAUCAGUUUCAGCCAUGAUGGUCGCCUCCUGGCAUCUGCCUCGGAAGACCUGUACAUCGACAUUGCCGACACGGAAUCCGGCGCACAGGUCACGCACAUCCCUGUCGAGGCGCCAGUCUUCUCUGUUGCUUGGCAUCCCAAGCGUCACCUCUUGGCCUAUGCAUGCGAUGACAAGGACAGUGCCAGGGAUGGGUCCUCGCGCAGUGGGAACAAAGACACAGGACUCAUCAAGGCUUUCUGUUGCCUCCCCACAUAUCAGUAUCAUGCUCAGAUAGUUGCCACGAUGGGUGUGCGUGGUUUGAAAACUUUUAUCGAGACCCAAUGUGGGGACUGCCUGGUGAAAGAGGACCUUCACAAUUGUGUCCUCCUUAUUGAUGGAUGGAAUUUAUUGUACUACUUGUACAACACUUCCAAGGGGUCUAACCCAGCAUUUGGUGGAGAAUAUGACAAGUUUGAGAAGACUGUGAAGGAGUUUUUUGGCACUCUGACUGCCUGUGCCAUCACUCCAUUCGUCCUCAUCGAUGGAAGUUACGAUGAGAGCGGCUGGAAAUUUGACACUCAGAUGAAGCGCCUGAAAGAGAAGAUGCACAAUGCCUUGCAGCUUUCCCCCACCACACAGGGCAAAGCCCGGCUGCUGCCCCUCCUGGCAGAGAUGGUGUUCGUGUCGGUGCUGAAGGAACUCUCGGUUCCUUUCUCGCAGACGGAGUUUGAGGCCGACGAAACCCUUGCUGCCCUAGCCCUGAGAGUGAAUGGCUACGUGCUUAGCAACGACUCCGAUUUCUUCGUGUUUGGAGUGAAGUGCGUCCCACUCUCCACGCUCGAGAUGGACAUCAAGACCCGCACCAGUAAUGAUGUGAGGAAAUCCUAUACAUACCUGGAAAGUAGGGUUUAUCGUCCAGAGAAGUUCUUGAAGAAGUUUGGCUUGACACCAAAUCACUUCCCCUUGAUUUCUGCACUUCUCGGAAAUGACUACGUUUCCCGCAAUGAGUUUCAGAAGCUCUUCAGCCAGAUUCACCUUCCUGUCUCAAAGCAGACCAAGAAGAACUUUGGGCAGAGGAAGAUCCAUGGCCUGCUGGAGUGGCUCCGGAAUAAGACCGUGGAUGGGGCCAUCGAAAGGGUUUUCAUGACUAUGCAGAAGAAGCAACAUGAUAGAUGUCAGAAACUUCUGCAAGGGAAUUCACUCGCCUACAAUCUCCCGACUCAUAUUCGAAUGCCAGAACUGUUUCAACCACAUGAGCAACAAAUCACAGAAUCCCCCAUUACCAUCAUGACAUCUUUAGGCAAUCCCGUCCCCUUAUGGUUCCUUGACCGACUGCGAGACAGAGUGCUCCUUUCUGAAGUAAUCAACGUCUUGUGCCGUCGGCAGCUCUUCCUCAAGCCUAUCAUCGAGUCGAAGUAUCUGGAGCCUGUACAUCAUACAGCCCAUCCCAUUCUCAAUGCAAUCGUGAACAUAUUGGUGUCCCUAGACGGGGGAGGACUGGAGCCACUGGCUGUUUACGGACGUGUGAAAGUGGGACCUCAUUCCAAUGUCUUCAGGAAGCUUCCAUUCGCUCCUUUCAAGCUUGACUCAUCUCUGCCCCGGUUGUCUUCCCUGGAAGCAUUGCCCAGCAAGGAUGGGCAGUCCAUUCUAGAAAAGGUGCUCAAGUGUGAAGACCCACCUCCCAUUCACCUGCCUGAGGAUUUAACUCUGUAUUUCUUGGUGCUGGGUUUCUGGGCGAAGACAGAAUCAGAAUCGAAGCCCACACCAUCGCAUUUACUCAGCAUUUUGAUGGGAGUCACGAUCAUGUAUGUGAUCGAAUCGCGGUGUGGCUUCAAGGACCGCAACAUCAAGAGAAUUAUGACUUUACAUGAUGGCUCGGCAUUACCGGUUCCUGAAAAAUUGCAUAGAGACCUAAAUGCAUUGAUUGACUCCGUUCCACAAACCGAGUGCAUUGUUGCUAAGACGAAACUUGUCAGAUUCUUCAGCCUGAGCGAACAGGUCCGAGCCAGCGAUCGCUAUUACGACAAGGACAUCAUUCAUGCACUCUCUGCGUUUCAGGUCUGCCUUCUCUACACCCACAUCCUCAACACCAUCUUGGGAUCCCCGUAUAAAUUGCCUCCCAUCUCCUGCCUCUACCAGGGCAUCCUCUUGUACACGCUCACCACCGAACUGCAGUUGAAGCGAGAUCCGUUGGCUUACUGCACCGGCUUGCUUCAGGAUGCACCAACCUUGUCUGCUGUGUUUGCUGGACUCUUGAACGUGCUCAGGGAUCUGCUUCCCGUUGGGUUCCUCGAUUCUCACGUACCCGUGACGGUUUACCGGAGGCCUCGGAGACCGCGAAAAAAAGCUGCCGGGGAUAAAAGCUCUUUGGAGCACGAGAACGAAGAAACUUCGUUGAAGGAAACUGUUGUUACAAUCAAGGCCAAUUGUGAUCUCAGUAACAGAUUUGCAUCCCUUGAACUUGUGGAUGCAUGAUUGUUGUUUUGAUCAAUGAAUGACAGAC